AUAUAUCUUUGUUUUCAAUACAAAUAAAAUAAGUUAGUUUUACACAACGUUGAAUGAGUGAGUCUUGCUCAAUAUGAAGCUGAUUUAUCCUGAAUUGUUCGCGGCCAACAAUCAAGUUACAACAGUUAUCACAGAAAGAAUAUUAAAAAAAUAUAGUCAUUUGAUAAAAUGGAGAAACGAAGCCACAAUUAUGGAAAUAGGAUAUGCCGACGGAGGUAGUUCUCAGAGAUCAUUUCAUCCUUACUUACCUUCCAACCUGAAAGAAUUCAUAGCUGUGGAUAAAUCCGAUACGAUGUUGGAAUAUGCUAAGCAACACUACAUGAGACCUUCAAUAAAAUUUGAUCAGCUUGAUAUAACGACGAAACAAGUUCCGAGCAAAUAUUUGAAUAGAUUUGACCAUAUUUUUGGGUUCUUACUUAUGGACAUGGUGCAGGAUCCAAAACAAGCUUUUCACAAUAUGUACAGAAUGCUCAAACCAGGAGGCUCUAUAUUCCAAACGUUUUUCGAGUAUACUCCUGUUGAUGAUUCAGUUGAAAAGUUGACAAAAGAUCCAGAAUGGAACAAAUAUGGAGUGGAAAAUUUAUUAUCGCCAUAUUACUACAGUCCCAAUCCCCGACGAGAAUGGGAAAGAGAUUUGGACGAAUCAGACUUUCAAAAUUAUGAUUUAUUCGAAUAUAUCGAUUCUUACGAUUUUCUCGAUGGCAACGAGUUUGACAAUGUAUUUCUAUCGUUUUGUAUGUUUUUACCGAACAUUCCCUAUCACAAACAAGAAAGCUUCAAGAAGGUAUACAGGGCAUUAACAAGAAAGGACAAAACUAUGAGUUUCAGAGUUGUUGAUGGAAAAGAAAUCAUUUCAUUGAAUUACAAAGUAUUCGUUGUUUCGGCAUCUAAAGUUUAACAUUUAUC